CCGCGCAAGAGCGCCGCGAGGCCGAGCGCCUCGAGGCCGAGCGCCGCGCCGAGGCCGAGGUCGCGGCCGCGCGCGAGGCCGUCGCGCGGGAAGUACAUACGCGGAGGCCACCGCCGGCGCGCGCCGCGGCGCCACCGGCCGCCGGGGCGCGCCCCAAGCCGCAGCUCGUCUGGCACGAGGUCAAGAAGCGGGAACCGGCCGCCAAGACACAAAGUCAAAAGCCCAAGCUCGUGUGCGACAACGUGCCGACGGCAUCGGAGGUCGUCUACUGGUCCAAUACCCUAGAAACGCCCGCUACGCUCCCACCGCCGAGGCAAGACAAGUACCUGACCUUUGAAUAUGACGCGGGCGGCUGGAAUAACAUCCGCAUGGGCCUGGAGUGUCUCGUGGUGCUGGGCCAUGUCUUGCGAAGGACUGUAGUAUUGCCCCCGCCGCAACCUCUCUACUUAAUCGCGAACAACUACCACGCGCGGCGCGAUUUUGGCUUCGCCGACUUUCUGAACGUGACGCUGCUCGGAUCGCAUGGUGGCUGGCGCACGCUGACGAUGGACCAGUUUUUAGCUACCAAGGUCAAGGGCGCACCUAUCACAGCCAAGGGCCGCUCGAUCUGGAAGGCCGUGACUCAGGCGUCGGACGCCACGCUGCCACCCGUCGGGCCGCGCUUCGCCACCUUCUCUGCUCAAGGGAGAGAUGCUCCCGUGUCAUGGAAGAACACGAACUUUCCGCCCGGCCAGAAAGUUAUCAAGCUAGAUGAACUGUACAGUGCGAGGCACCUCCAUUCGCCAGGAACCGGUAGUCAUAGAUUACUCAAAAACUUCUACUCCUUCCUCUACUUCCAGGACAAGGAACAGAACAAGUUCUAUAAAAGAUUUGUCCGAGACUACAUGCGCUACCAGGAUACGAUCCAAUGUGCCGCGCAUCGCGUAUUGCAGAAGAUUCGGUCCAUGAAUUCGACCUUCUAUGCAAUACACGCCAGGAGAAACGACUUCCAGUAUCGCCUCGCGAAGAUUUCCGCGAAAGAUAUUAUUGAAAAUUUGAAGCCGAUAGAUAUCCCGAAAGGGUCGUUGGUGUUUCUGGCUACGGAUGAUCCAACAGGCGAGUGCCGAGGCUGCCUCUACGAGAGAAAGCCCUGCCACACCUACCCGAUACCUCGAGACAAGAAGAUGGGUUGUCCUGAUGACCCGUCGUGGAAUGCGUUUACGGAGUAUGGGUGGAAGGUAGUGAUGCUGCAAGAUUUCAAGCGAGAGUUGGGCGACCUGAACCCGAAUUAUUAUGGGAUGGUCGACCAGAUCGUCUGUUCGCGAGCGGAGAAGUGGGCCGGGGCCUUUUGGAGCACGUUUUCGGCCUUCAUCCAUCGACUGCGGGGCUACCACGGCUUAGGCGAAGAAAGUUAUUACCACACGCCGGGCAAGCUCAUGGAUUUGCGACAACCACGUCGGUCGGGCCCCGGCUGGACGCGCGACUGGCGCGCGGGCUGGACUGAUGAUGAUCAUGGAGAGCUCAUCUCGCGCUGGGGUGCGUAGCCUUCGCAUCGUCUCAUAUGGACGCGUGCGGCCCGCGCAGCUUCUGGUGGUACGUCGCCGUCGGGAAACUACACGGGGCGCGCCAGCGUCCUCGGCCAGGCGGUCUCGGGAACGGUCUCCAUUAUUAACGGGACGCACAUGAAUUUGGACGUCGGUCAUCCCGCACAUAUCAAGUGCCCGGGUGAGCCGUACACGCUCUCAAGUACUGGCGCGGUCACGCUCCCCACCGCCGGCACGGCCGGAGAUUGCGUCCACGACGCGCUAACGGCCCACGGAGGCUCCAUCGAAUCCAUCUUUUAUAAUUCCUCGGCGGACGCGAUCCACGUGGACGUGACCGUGCUCUACUUCGUUUCGGUGAAGAUGACGCUCGCCUCUGUUGUGUGAUAAGUUGUGUUAUUACAUGAA